UUUGAAACCGGGCUCCAUUGAAAUGGUUUCCUGAGACGUGACGAUCGCCCGCGGUCUCUGCCGACAAUCCCGGUUCCCGCAGGGCCCACAGCACCUCCCGUCGACUGACGCUUUCGGCCACCGUGAAGGGGAUGAGCAGGUCAUGGGACAUGGCGGAGAGGUCUACUUUGUCCAGGAGAUCAUCUCUUGGACCACCAAGAAGAUUGGAAGAGCUUGUUCCAGAGAAUUCACUUGUUGUGGAGCCUUUGCAAGUAAUGGCACGGAAUGGAAUGUUUCUGGACAAUCGAUCCACAUUCACAAUGAGGACAAGCCAUUGCAAAGCUCACGUUUCGGACACCUGUACAAAACAGUCCUACUAUAUGCCGGAAAUGACAGAACAGAUUGCAUCACCAAAUAGUGAACGGAAGAGGUUAACCAAACCAGAGUCAAAAAGGUCUUCUGAGAAACAGCAGAAAAUGGAUGUUAAAAAACAGUAUAUUGCAUCCAAGAUGAGUGAACAGCCUACUUCAUCAAAUAAUGAACAGAAGAGGUUAAUCAAAUCAGAAUCAAAAAGGUCUUCUGAAAAACAACAGAACAUGGAUGUUAAGAAACAACAUGUUACAUCCAAGAUGAGGGAACAGACUGCAUCACCAAAUAGUGAACUAAAAGAGUUAGUAAACCCAGAGUCUAAAAGGUCUUCUGAGAAACAACAGAACAUGAAUGUUAAGAAACAGCAUGUUGAAUCCAAGAUUAUUGACCACACUGCACCAUCAAGUAGUCAAAUGGUGAAAUUAACAAACCUUGAAUCAAAACAAUCUCCUGGAAAACAGCAGAACAUGGAUGUAAAGAAGCAGCAUGUUGAAUUCAACCCGAGGGGUGAAAAACAAAAUCUAAAUUCUUUUGAAGCUAAAGGAACAAAAGUAGUGGCAAACUCUGCAACCACUAUUGAACCAUACAAUUUAGCUACCACCAGUACUAAAAACAGAAUUGCAGAAGACUCUGAUGAAGACAAUGAUGCAAACCAAGAUGAAGAGAAUGAUGAUAAUGAUGUUGUUAAUGAAGACAGCAAAAACGAAGAAAGAAAGGCACCGUUAGAGUUGAUGGGAGAGUUCUUGAAGGCAGUAAUGGAUCGAGAUUACAAGUUGUCAAGUAAGCUUUGUCAAAUGAUUCUCAUUUAUGAACCUGAAAAUCCAGAGGCCCAACAGUUCAAAAUACUUCUAGACACGAAAAUACAGUUAGAUGAAGCUGCGUCAAUUCAUCAAAAUGAAGAGGAUGACACUGACAGUGACAGUAGUGAUGAAGAUGAGGAAAGCAAUAAUGAAGACAGCGAUGAAAGUGAAAGCUCAGAUGAGGAGUCUGAUGACUCAUCUGGAAGUGAAGAAAGUGCAUAAUUUUGAUUUCUAUAAAAAGUGUGACUCUUUAAAAACAGUAAGUUUUACCACC